AGAAAAAAGCAAACAAUAAUUUACGAAAAGCUUUUUUUAAGCCAAGUUUUAAGCGUGAGUGCUCCAUUGUGAGAACCAAUACUGCAAAAUGACCGACUCCAAGUAUUUCACAACCACAAAGAAGGGCGAAAUCUUCGAGCUUAAAUCGGAGCUAAACAAUGACAAAAAGGAGAAAAAGAAGGAGGCAGUCAAGAAGGUGAUUGCCAGCAUGACAGUGGGAAAGGAUGUUUCAGCGCUCUUUCCCGAUGUGGUUAACUGCAUGCAAACGGAUAAUCUUGAACUAAAAAAGCUUGUCUAUUUGUAUUUGAUGAACUACGCCAAGUCGCAGCCGGAUAUGGCCAUCAUGGCGGUUAAUACGUUCGUUAAGGAUUGCGAGGAUUCGAAUCCAUUGAUACGCGCACUAGCUGUGCGCACUAUGGGCUGCAUACGCGUGGAUAAGAUCACGGAAUAUUUAUGCGAGCCACUGCGCAAGUGCCUCAAGGAUGAAGAUCCAUAUGUGCGCAAAACAGCCGCAGUAUGCGUAGCCAAGCUCUACGAUAUUUCAGCGACAAUGGUCGAGGAUCAAGGUUUUCUCGAUCAGCUUAAGGACUUGCUAUCCGACUCGAAUCCCAUGGUGGUAGCAAAUGCAGUGGCAGCGCUAAGCGAAAUCAAUGAGGCCAGUCAAUCCGGUCAGCCUCUUGUCGAGAUGAACUCGGUUACCAUAAACAAGCUGCUGACAGCGCUCAACGAGUGCACCGAAUGGGGUCAGGUCUUCAUACUCGACUCGCUGGCCAACUACAGUCCCAAGGAUGAGCGCGAGGCACAGUCGAUAUGCGAGCGCAUAACGCCACGUCUGGCACAUGCAAAUGCGGCUGUUGUGCUAAGCGCUGUCAAGGUGCUCAUGAAGCUACUGGAGAUGCUGUCCAGUGAUAGCGAUUUUUGCGCCACGCUCACCAAGAAAUUGGCGCCGCCCUUAGUUACGCUGUUGUCCUCGGAGCCGGAAGUGCAAUAUGUGGCACUGCGCAACAUUAAUCUCAUAGUGCAAAAGCGUCCCGAUAUACUCAAGCAUGAGAUGAAGGUGUUCUUUGUCAAAUAUAACGACCCCAUUUAUGUGAAGCUUGAGAAGCUGGAUAUUAUGAUACGUCUGGCCAAUCAGAGCAACAUUGCUCAAGUGCUCAGCGAGCUGAAGGAGUACGCCACCGAAGUGGAUGUGGACUUUGUGCGCAAAGCAGUGCGUGCGAUUGGACGCUGCGCCAUCAAGGUGGAGCCAUCUGCAGAGCGUUGUGUGUCCACACUGUUGGAUCUCAUUCAAACCAAGGUCAACUAUGUGGUGCAGGAGGCCAUUGUAGUCAUCAAGGACAUUUUCCGCAAGUAUCCCAAUAAAUAUGAGAGCAUAAUAAGCACGCUCUGCGAGAAUCUGGACACAUUGGAUGAGCCGGAGGCACGCGCUUCCAUGGUCUGGAUCAUUGGCGAGUACGCGGAGCGCAUUGACAAUGCUGAUGAGCUGCUCGACAGCUUCUUGGAGGGUUUCCAAGAUGAGAAUGCUCAGGUGCAGCUGCAGCUGCUGACGGCCGUGGUGAAGCUGUUCCUCAAGCGUCCCUCUGAUACGCAGGAGCUGGUGCAGCAUGUGCUUUCGCUGGCCACACAGGAUUCGGACAAUCCCGAUUUGCGUGAUCGCGGCUUCAUCUACUGGCGUCUGCUGUCCACGGAUCCGGCCGCUGCUAAGGAAGUGGUGCUGGCCGAUAAGCCGCUCAUCUCGGAGGAGACAGAUCUGCUGGAGCCUACGCUGCUGGAUGAGCUCAUCUGUCACAUUAGCUCACUAGCCAGUGUUUACCACAAGCCACCCACUGCCUUUGUGGAGGGUCGUGGUGCCGGUGUGCGCAAGUCGCUGCCCAAUCGUGCGGCUGGUGCCAGCAGCGGAUCUGAGCAACCUGAGAGCGGCGGCGCUGGUUCCGAGUCCAUGGUUAUACCCAAUCAAGAGUCGCUUAUAGGCGAUCUGCUGUCCAUGGACAUUAAUGCGCCCGCUCUGCCCGCAGCUCCAGCCAACACCACCAGCAAUGUCGAUCUGCUGGGCGGUGGCUUGGAUAUAUUGCUGGGCGGACCGCCUGCGAGCGGCCCCGAUGCUGCGCCUGUUAGUGGUGGCGCCAGCAGUCUGCUGGGCGACAUCUUUGGCCUGGCAGGCACCUCGCUCUCAGUGGGCGUGCAAAUACCCAAGGUCACAUGGCUGCCCGCUGAAAAGGGCAAGGGACUGGAAAUACAAGGCACAUUUGCGCGUCGUAAUGGCGAAAUCUUUAUGGACAUGACCCUGACCAACAAAGCCAUGCAGCCCAUGACCAACUUUGCCAUACAGUUGAACAAGAAUAGCUUUGGCCUAGUGCCUGCGGCACCGCUGCAAGUGGCGCCACUGCCGCCAAAUCAAAGCAUCGAGGUCACACUGACGCUCGGCCAUAGCGGUCCCAUACAGCGCAUGGAGCCAUUGAACAAUCUGCAGGUGGCCGUCAAGAAUAACAUUGAUAUAUUCUACUUUGCCUGCCUGGUGCAUGGCAAUGUCUUGUUUGCCGAGGACGGUCAGCUGGAUAAGCGUGUUUUCCUCAACACCUGGAAGGAGAUCCCGGCAGCCAAUGAGCUGCAGUAUAGUCUGAGCGGUGUCAUUGGCACCACAGACGGCAUUGCCUCCAAGAUGACCACCAACAACAUCUUCACCAUCGCCAAGCGCAAUGUGGAGGGUCAGGACAUGCUCUAUCAAUCGUUGAAGCUCACCAAUAACAUCUGGGUGCUGCUGGAGUUGAAGCUGCAACCUGGCAAUCCGGAUGCUACGCUUAGUCUCAAAUCGCGCUCCGUGGAGGUGGCCAACAUUAUAUUUGCCGCCUACGAAGCCAUCAUACGUUCACCCUAAGCGGCGCACCCAAAACUAUUAAAACAAAAUACUGAAUUAUAAAUUACUACAUAUACAAAAUAUAAUUAAUAGUUAUUCCCAUGUUACGCCUUGCGCAACUCUGUUAAACAUUUUGGCAAACAAAAUAAUAAUUCAAUAUUGCAAAAAUAGCGCAAAGAGCAGCGUCACCUAUAAUCUGUAAACUAUUAUUAUUAUCAUAUUAUAUUAUUAUACAUAUUAAAUUUGCCCAAACACGCAUGUUAAAUGUGACGUUGAUUGAUUAUGCACACAAACACACACACACAGACGCACACACAUUCCACAGGAAACUUUUGUGACCAGGACACCACCACAACAACAGGCAUCUAUGUAUGUGCUUAGUGAAUCAUUAAAUAAAACAAUAUAUACAUAACGAAUAUAUAAACCAAAGUACUUAGGUGUUCCAAUUAUUUAUUUUAUACACAAAUUGAAAAAUAUGCACAUUAGACCCAUUUAAUUCUUGACUGGUGGAUCUCCAUAGAGUCCAAGCCUUACAUCCUCUUACUAGGCUGCGGGUCGCGGAGUCGACUUGCCAUCGUCCCUCUCUCGUUUUAAACAGAGACCG